AUGGAACUGAUGCAACUCCAGGAAGAUGACGUGGACGCGAAGAUUCGACAGGCGGAGGAGGAACUGGCGAACCUACGCAAGCAACGCGCUCUGAUCGAACUGCAGAACCAGCUGGCUGAGGAGCAGCGAUUACUCGCCGAUGCGCAACAGAUCCCACCCCAGAUCACCGCCGUACACCCCGUCGUGCACCCUGACCCUCCGCAUUUCCUCGGACGCUACCCCGUCGUUGCCCUCGAACCGGAACAACCAAGGUUUAAGCGAUCGGACUCAGAGUUGACAUUGGCGCAAGAGGAUGGACUCUUAGCUUUUCCAGAGCACACCCCUAUGCUGCCCGUGACCAAGGUGUAUCACGGCAUCCACCGCAAAGAGUUUCUGCAGCUUAUGCGUCGCCUGGAGACGCACUUUGCAGAAUGGCCGCACUACUACGCGACCGACGACAACAAGGUGGUCGAGGCGUGCCGACAUCUGUCCGAGGGUAUAGCUGUGAAGUGGGCGCUUGUGCGACUCACGCCGGAGGACAGACGGACGUGGCCGGAAUUCUGUGUCUGGUUGAAUUCAAAUAUACGCAACUUUGUCAACCCCGACAUUGCGGAAAGGAGAUACAAAGCCGCCCGCCAGCGCAGGGGGCAGACUGUCAACCGGUUUGCGAAAAUUCUCGGAUCGCUGGAAGUAAACCUGCCACGUCUUGUCACAGAUUAUGAACGGUGCGAGCGACUCUGGAUAGGUGUUUUACCGGAGGUCCGGAAUGCAUCUCGGUCCGGCUUCCCAGCAUCCUAUCAUACCGGCGUGACACAGCUAAUUGCCGCGGGGAGGACCUUGACACGCGAGCGACCGCGGCGAAAGAGACGUCGAGGAGGUCGAAGGGCCGCUGCGGCCGCUGUGUAA